UUAACAGGGUCUACAAUCACAACCCGCGACAGUAAUUAAGUUAGUUUGGGCUGUUAUGUUUAUUUGUUUGUUUCUGAAAAAAUAUUUCAUUCUGUCCUUUAUGUUUAAGGUUUCUCUCUGAUCACGCAGUUUGAUCAGGAGAUCUAUGGAGAUCUCUGAACUGAGAUAGUAAUAACCUUUGCACCUUUAGCGUUAGGUUUUAACUUCUAGGACGUGAACAAGACAACAAAAUAAAAAGAACAGCCUGGAAGUCAACACAUGAAGUGAUCAGCUGUCACUGAGCCCAUCACCGAGCCACAAGCUCCUGGAGUUACUCCGGAAUACACAUCAGUAAUGUUCCGUCUGGUGAUGGAAAGCCGGACUCGGGUGGUAAUGUUCGCGGUGCUGCUGAUGCUCCUGUCCGUCCCCGAGAUCUCAGAGGGCAGGAAGGCCCGCGGUGGCCGGACACAGCCUCGCCAGUCCCAGCGGGAGCGCACGGAGCCGACCGAGAGCUUCCCUCUGGACUUUACAGCCGUGCAGGACGGCAACGUGGACACGUUCAUGGAGCAGGUGAAGAACCUGGCUCAGUCUCUCUACCCGUGCUCAGCUCAGAAGCUGGAGGAUGAGAUGAAGCUCCACUUUUUGGAGAACUCCUCAGUGACCUGCAACGACGGAACAGCCGCCGGGUACUAUCUAAAGGAGUCACGGGGAAGCAGGAGAUGGUUGCUGUUUCUGGAAGGAGGAUGGUACUGCUUUAACAAACAGAACUGUGACACCAGGUAUGACACCAUGAGGAGGCUGAUGAGCUCUACCAGGUGGCCUCAGACGCGCACAGGUACAGGGAUCCUGUCUCCAAAACCAGAGGAAAAUCCACAUUGGUGGAAUGCAAACAUGGUAUUCAUCCCUUACUGCUCCAGUGACGUAUGGAGUGGAGCCUCGCCAAAGACUGACCAAAAUGACUAUGCAUUCAUGGGAUCCUUGAUCAUUCAGGAGGUUGUUAAGGACCUUCUGACGAAAGGCCUGGAUAAUGCAAAGGUUCUCCUGUUAGCUGGAAGCAGUGCUGGAGGUACAGGCGUUCUGCUGAACGUGGACCGUGUGGCUGAGCUCCUGAAGGGUCUGGGCCACAGCUCGGUUCAGGUGCGAGGGCUAGCCGACUCGGGAUGGUUUCUGGACAACAAGCAGUACCGCUGCACAGAUUGUGUGGACACCAUUGGGUGUGCCCCAACCGAGGCAAUUAAAAGGGGAAUCAGGUAUUGGGGCAGUGUUGUACCGGAGCGCUGUAGACUAGCUCACAUAGGAGAAGAAUGGAACUGCUUCUUCGGAUAUAAAGUCUACCCUACCCUGAAAAGUCCAGUGUUUGUGGUGCAGUGGUUGUUCGACGAGGCCCAGCUGACAGUUGAUAACAUUCACCUUACGGGGCAGCCGGUGCAACAAGGCCAGUGGCGUUAUAUCCAGAACCUGGGCAUCGAGCUCAGGAACACUCUAAAAGACGUCCCUGCCAUGUUUGCACCUGCCUGCUUAUCACACGAGAUCAUCACAAGAAAUUACUGGAUGGACGUGCACGUGAAGGGUACGUCUCUGCCUCGCGCGCUGCAGUGCUGGGACCGCAGCCUCCAGAACAGUCUCCGGAACAGCAGCAGCCACCGCUCUCCGCCACGCGCAUGUCCGCUGCAUCUGAUCGACAGCUGCCCGUGGCCUCACUGUAACCCGACGUGCCCUACGAUCCGAGAUCAGCUGACCGGACAGGAAAUGAGCGUCAUCCAGUUCCUCACUCACAUGGGCUUCGACGUGCAGCGCAUGGCACAGCAGCAGGGCAUGGAAGCUAGCACCCUACUGGGCAUGCUCAAUAAUGGCAACUGAGCCAUGUAGACAGAGAGACGCUGAAGGAAAUCACACACACUCACAUAUACGACAUUAUCAUUGUAUAAGUUAAACAGCAAAAUGGCAAUAUGAACUGAUAAUGUGGAUUCCUUUUAAAGGAAGAUGCCAUUUUCAACCUAUAGCUUACAUGUGAUUACCAGACAUAAACUAAUUAGACAGUACUGAGAAAAGGAACAAAAACAAUGCACAAAAUGCACAUUUGUAAAUCUAAGGACAAUUGCAGACACUGUAAAUAAUAUCUCAAAUAGGCUAUAAAACUAUAAACCUAUAAAACACUGCCAUAUAGCAAAGUGUUGUUUCAAAGCACCUUCCCAUAAAAUUAACCCCAUCACUGCAACCUAAACUAAGAAAUGUGUACAAUAUGUGGCACAGUGGUAAACACUCGCACCUCCAGGGUCGGGGGUUCGAAUCCUGCCUCGGGUAUGUGUGCAUAGAGUUUGCAUGUUUACCCCACCUCGUGCUCCAAGUUUCCUGGAAUAGGCUCCAGGCCCCCCCUGUAUACAGGAUCUAGACGAUGAGUGAGUGUCCAAAGAAUUCAUAAAAGGAUUACACAAAAAUAGCAGCAAGGUGGCGUAGCAGGUAACACAGCUGCCUCACUAAGUUUCCUGUUAGAUUUAGAGCUUGGGUGUGGGCCGUUCCAUUUUCUCCCUGUGUCUAAGUUUCUAGGUCUUAAGAUUAGCAAUAAAACAUUGGUCUUAGAUAUGAGAGAGUGUGUGCCAGUGUGUGUGUGAUGUCUGCCUGAUAGUCCUGCCUUUACUUUAAGGCUCUUCUACAACAUGAAUAUAGUGCAAAUAUACUCAAGAAUGGAUAACCGUUUGUAGACGUCCAUUAUAAGUGUGGUCUACAAAGUCCUGACAGCUUUUCUCAGUACUGAAUAAUUCUUGUCUGUCUUUAACGACACUAGGGUUGAUGGUGAUCAGGUUAAGAAUGAUGUUUAUUCUUUUUCCUUUCUUUGUAUUUCUUUGCUGAGGAUAUACAGAGUCUAUGUUUUAACCGAGGAUGCAAAAUCCCCACCGAAACAUAUAUAAUAUAUUUGAUCUGCAUAAUAGCGAAAAUGUUUAAUGAUAACGGGACGGGUAACCCUCCAGCUCUCCAGACCUCACUGUUUAAAAGCCAUGUGGAUGUAGUUUCACUGUAAUGAUAAGCUUUUUUUUCUUUCUUUUUU